GAGUGAGGCUUAGGGUUUAGGGUUUUCUUCUUCCAUUCGAUACUGUUUGAGGAGAGAGAGAGAGAGAGAGAGAGAGAGAGAGAGAGAGAGAGAGAGAGAGAGAAGGAGAGGAAUGAGAGAGAUACAGUUACCGUUGAGCCAAACACAGAAGGUUCGUCUUCAGAAGGCUCUAGAACAGUUGGAGUCUCUGUCAUCCAAGGUGAAUUCCGAUGCUUCCGUCACCAUAGCCGAUUCAAUCCCUGUCAACCUUGAAGACGGUGUCCUCAAGGGACAUGGAACCGCCGACCUCGACGGCGAAGUUGUCGCCACUGUCUGCGGCGUCGUCGAGCGCGUUAACAAGCUCGUCUAUGUUCGCGCGUUGCGCUCCAGGUACAAACCUGAGGUUGGUGACAUUGUUAUAGGGCGUGUUGUUGAGGUUGCUCAGAAGCGUUGGAGAUUGGAGAUAAAUUACAGUCAAGAUGCAGUUUUGAUGCUUUCUUCUAUGAAUAUGCCUGAUGGUGUCCAGAGGCGGAGGACAGCUGUGGAUGAACUAAAUAUGCGCUGUAUUUUUGAGGAGAAGGAUGUUGUUUGUGCUGAAGUUCGUGGUUUCCAGAAUGAUGGCUUACACCUUCAAGCAAGAAGUCAGAAAUACGGAAAGCUUAAUAGAGGUCAGCUGCUUACAGUCCCACCUUAUUUAGUGAAGAGACAAAAACAACAUUUCCAUCAUCUGGAGCAGUAUGGCAUUGAUUUAAUAAUUGGCUGUAAUGGAUUCAUAUGGGUUGGGGAACAUGUUGAAGCCAAAGAUGACAUGGUAGAAGAUCUAGUGAACCAAUCUGAUCCCCAAGUUUUAUCGCCCAAUAAAAAUUCUGUGAGUCUUGAAGAACAAGAAAAAAAUUACACAACAUUGGAGACAAGAAAAUAUAUAUGCAGGGCUGCUAAUGCUGUUAGAGUAUUGUCGAUUUUGGGAUUCAAUAUUACAUUGGACAUCAUCAAGGGAAUUAUUGAUCUAAGCCUUUCUCUGAAUCUUGAUUUACACGAGAUGCUUGGUUCUGAGUUCUGUGUUCUGGUUGCCGAAAGAGAGGCAGAAAGGAGAAGGUCAAAUAAAAAGAAGCGGUAGAUUGUCAAGCAAGUUUCAAGUUUCAUUAUUCCUUUGGUCUUCUGGAAAGGGGUAUAAAAGAGGGAAAAAAUUGUUGCAAUUGUAGUAAGUCUUCAAUAGUGUUCAAAGAUCCACUGUCCUUUCGCUACUCAGUUGAACAUUGUUAGCAUUGGAAUGUUUGUUAGAUGGCUUUAGUCACGGAAUCCGAUAGUUUGAAAAUGUAAGGAGUCCCCAAAAGUUGGGAGGUCCUAGUAGUUUUCUAUUUUCUAUUUUCUAUUUUUUUGGUUCAAGGUGUUGUAACUGUGGGCGUUGAGUGGUGAAUAGUUUUUCUGACAGGCCGUUGCCAUCUUGUUUUCAGGGUUGGCACUUGCCAGCCCAUGCCUCCUUUUUUUUUUUUCUGCAUUGUGAUCUUGACUAAAUUGUGGCGAAAAUUAAUUAAUGGAAU